UUGAACUUGUACACGUUCAAUAUGCUUAUGUUCAGACAAUUGCUGUAUUCCGCUAGAAAUUCUACUGGCCGGGGAAUAACGCUCUUAAAAUCAUGUAUUCGUCUCCAUUCUGAAACUGCAUCAAAGAAGAGAGGGAUUCUAGAGCGUCUUGAUGCCGGUGAAGUCAUCAUUGGUGACGGCGGAUUUACUUAUGGUCUUGAGAAACGUGGUUACGUCAAGGCAGGUCAAUGGACACCAGAAUGUGUCGUUGAGAAUCCAGAAGCAGUUCGUCAGCUUCACCGUGACUUCCUCCGUGCUGGYGCUGAUGUYAUGCAGGCUUUCACAUUCUCCAUGCAGGAUGACCCUGUAGAGAUUGAYGGCCGACUAAUAUCUUGGGAUGAGAUCAACGCGGAUGCCUGUAAACUAGCAGUCGAUGUGGCUAAAGAUAGUCCUUAUGCAGUGUCGUCGGGCUCCCUGUGUGAAACAGGSCARGCGUUCCGUAGCGGCAAAGUGCCAAAAACUGAAAUUCAGAAAAAAUUUCAAGAGCAAGUGGAUAUCUUUAUGAAGAAUGGUGUGGACUUUUUGAUUGCUGAGUAUAUAUCCCACGUCCAAGAAGCAGAAUGGAUGGUGGAGGUCAUGAAAGACAGCGGUKUCCCCACUGCUGUUACCCUGGCAAUCGGUAGUCAAGGUGACAGACAUGGCAUAUUACCCGMAGAGUGUGCRAUACGGCUCGCUAAAGCAGGUGCUGAYAUCAUUGGUGUUAACUGUCGGUUUGAUCCCGAGAUAAGUCUACAAACCAUGAAACUGAUGCAAGAAGCUGUGAAGAAAGAAGGUCUAAAAGUACACUUUAUGAUCCAACCACUUGGUUACUGGACACCAGAGGCUGGUCCAAAUGGUUUUACAAGUCUUGCUGAAUGCCCAUUUGCGUUAGAACCACGCAUGCUCACACGGUUUGACUGCCAAAAGUUUGCUCGUAAAGCGUACGACAUGGGAAUAAGGUACAUCGGAGGUUGUUGUGGAUUUGAACCCUACCAUAUACGAGCCUUGGCUGAAGAGCUGGCACCAGAACGAGGUCGUCUUCCUCUGGCAAGUGCAAAAAGUUCCCCAUGGGGGGAUGGCUUGAAAAAACACUCAGAGCCUCAAAUGAGAGCCAAGGCUAACCGUGAGUUCUGGGAAAAUCUCCAGCCAGCCUCUGGUCGGCCGCUCUCACCAGCCUUUUGCGUACCUCAAGUUUUUUGGGAGUUUGAAAAGAAGUCAUGAUUAUCCGACCACAUUGGAGUGUCUGAGACCUUGUAUAGAAACUUAAUGUGGAUCAUGUAUAUUUGACUUUCUUUUUAUACUUUCGUCGCCGAGCGUCACGUAUUGGAGAAUACAGUUUGAUUUGAUGCCUUUCCGUAUAUUGAACAUGAUAAGAUCUGGAGUGAAGGAACUGUUAAUUAUAGAAAUCCCAGAAUGUGAUUCCCUUGAAAUCCCUCAGGCAGCCCAUUUUAUUCUGAGCUUUUAUUCUGAUUCAUUGUUAUUAUAUAAUGUUGGCUUGCAAUAUUAGAAAUAUACAGAGGAACUGCUUGGUA